AUGCGCAGAGAGAGCGGCGUACUGCGCAUGCGGGAAGAUGGCGGGCCGGGCGACUUGAGAGCUGCGGAUCUCCCUCCUCCUUUUCCAUCUGUGUCGGGAGCUCCCGGGCACGUGAGGCGGUGCCGCGUUUGCUGGCAGGCGGGACGGCCUAGCCGGGCGGCGCCUCGGAGGAGGCCGCGGACCCGUUAGGUGCUGGGCCCUUGGAAAUCGGCGCGUGGGGGGCGGUGCUCGAGCUGAGCGCGAGAGGGCGGGAGAGCUCGUGGGGUGCGAGGGGAGCAGGACGCCCGGCCAGGCAGCAUGAGUCAGCAGCGGCCGGCGAGGAAGUUGCCCAGUCUCCUCCUGGACCCGACGGAGGAGACGGUUCGCCGUCGGUGCCGAGACCCCAUCAACGUGGAGGGCCUGCUGCCAUCAAAAAUAAGGAUUAAUUUAGAAGAUAAUGUACAAUAUGUGUCCAUGAGAAAAGCUCUAAAAGUGAAGAGACCUCGUUUUGAUGUAUCACUGGUUUAUUUAACUCGAAAAUUUAUGGAUCUUGUCAGAUCUGCUCCUGGGGGUAUUCUUGACUUAAACAAGGUUGCAACAAAGCUGGGAGUCCGAAAGCGGAGAGUGUAUGACAUCACCAAUGUCUUAGAUGGAAUCGACCUCGUUGAAAAGAAAUCCAAGAACCAUAUUCGAUGGAUAGGAUCUGAUCUUAGCAAUUUUGGAGCAGUUCCCCAACAAAAGAAGCUACAGGAGGAACUUUCUGACUUAUCAGCAAUGGAAGAUGCUUUGGAUGAGUUAAUUAAGGAUUGUGCUCAGCAGCUGUUUGAGUUAACAGAUGACAAAGAAAAUGAAAGACUAGCAUAUGUGACCUAUCAAGACAUUCAUAGCAUUCAGGCCUUCCAUGAACAGAUCGUCAUUGCAGUUAAAGCUCCAGCAGAAACCAGAUUGGAUGUUCCAGCUCCCAGAGAAGUAGGACUCUAUCACAGUGCACAUAAGGAGCACCAACGGACCUAUCGAUGUCUAUUUGUGUGAAGUGGAGCAGGGUCAGACCAGUAACAAAAGGUCUGAAGGUGUCGGGACCUCUUCAUCUGAGAGCACUCAUCCACAAGGCCCUGAGGAAGGUAAAUAUACCAGUGAUUCUGACAGUAUUUUAAAUAAGCAUAUAUAAUUUUAUUAAUGUGUAUUAUGGCCUUAAGAUGUUUUUACUCUUCCUGUCCACAAAAACAUGAGUAAAAAAAUUACAACAUAAUUCUUACUGUAGUUUAGAAUAUUUCUGUGAACAUUAUAGUUAAAUUUCUGUAGUUUUGAUAGCAGUGAAAACUUAGAAUUCUGUUUGAUCCCAUGGUGAUACCAACUUGCAGUGGUCUCUGAAUAGGGCAGGCUUUCAGUCAAACAGCAGCUCCGCUCAGCCAAAGAGCCUGCCCAUGACCCGGCUGGGAGACUUCCCCUUCUACACAUCUUGGAGAAGGGAAGGGGCUAGACCUGCUUGACCCAGGCAGUCAAACACCCACUCAGCUCAGCCAACAGCCCACUCCACAAGCAUCAGUCCUCAGUUGCACAUUUCUAAGGACGUCGCCUCUGGACCCAUCUGGCCAGAGCAGUGACUCCAUCUAACCUCGGAACCCAGCUUGCAGCACUGUCCAACAGCAGAUCCCAAAGAGUGGAAUUGCCUGAGCAGGGGGCCAGCAUCCUGUGACCAGCCUGGGCAGAAGCCAUCACAGUACCCAGCCAGCAGCUCCACCAACAUCCGAACAAAGACACAGCCAACUGGAGAACUCGACAAGCACUGCGGGCCAGGGUGGUCUUCAGCUGACCCUUGGAGAGCCACAGGCUGGACCAAUAGGAAGCUUUCACUGACAAAGAAUACCUGUAAUGACCAGAAGAGGGGGCUGUUGCCCACACGCAGACAGCAGCACAAAGACACAAGCUGAUUACAAAGACUGAGGGAGUCGUGACGGCUCCAAAAGAAACUAGUAAAGCGCUAAUAAGGAAAGGCUUCCUCCAUUCUCGGACGGGUGCUUUCAGGUACAAGUUAGAGUUCCAAUUUAUUCUUGAGAGGCUGAAAAAAUUAGCCUUAUGCCAUUAACCUGAGAAUACGUGUUCUUGACCAGGCAUCUUCAGGGUUUUCUGAAGUAGUCAGAUUGUGUAUUCUUUUACCUGUUUGCCUAUCAGACCUUCAGUUAGGUGUAUGUCUCUCUCGUGUUCUUUUUCAGAAGAAAAUCCUCAGCAAAGUGAAGAAUUGCUUGAAGUAAGCAACUGAUGGCAUUUGAGAAUUUAUGUAUCACUGAGUUUUUUGGGAACAUCUUCGUGGAGAAUUACGCAUCAAAUUUGAUUCUCAGAGCAAUAAAUUAUCCAUGAAGUGCUCUCGUUCUCAGUAGCGGCAUCAUGGCCAGUAGUGUCUUUGAGGAGUUCACCACUUAGAUUACUGAGUAAUUGUGGUUUCCACAUUUGAAAACAACUCCUUUUAUAAUUAUUCACUGCUUUUUGUCGGUGAAGUAGGCAUCUUGCCUCCUGAAGUAGCUUCAUCACAGAGUGUCAUGAAGACAGACAGUCGGGCUGAAAUGGACAGUUCUUCGUGGACUCUACCCUUCCCUUCAAGGAGUAUGUCAUAUAUCACAAAAGAAAUUGCCUUACACUGGUUCAUGUUUGCAGUUACUGUUGUACAUUGCACAGAUGUACACACGAAUUUAAAUGUGAUGUCUUUGUAUAUAUCUGUAUAAUGUUCAGAUUACGAAAAUUAUGUCUGAGUGACACUUUUCACCGUUGUACAGCCAAAAUAAUGUAUAUAUGGAAAGUGACAGACAAAUUCUCUAAUCUCUUUGGUACCUAUAACUUAUUAGAAUCCUCUGGAUGAGGGUUAGAAGAGAGUUUUUCCAAACUUCUACAUGUAGAAGUAUCAUAAAUGUGCUACACAUUUAUGUUUGUGGAUUUAAUUAAAGUAUUUUAAUAUGGUUUUCAGUGCUAAAAUUGGAGUCAGAUACUUCUUGGUUUUAAGCUGUCUACCUAAUCACUGUCUCCCAGCAGAUUGGUGGCAUGCCCAGUGGCUUUGGGGGCAAGGAUAGAAAUGCCAUCAGGAAAUAGCUGAAUUCAUUGUGAAACGUGAAUUCAGUCAUGGUGAUAAUUGGAAACUCCUUUAAGGUUUUUGCAAGUAGAUUUUGUAAUGUUUGUGUAUGCAGCCUUGCUGUUGAGUCAGUCCAGGGGGUUUUACUUAGGACAAGUUGUACCUUUGCCCUCUCUCCAGCUCUGCUCCCACAUUUUCACGUACCUAGCUAUUUCUACCUCAUUGGGUAAGUCAUUUACCACGCUGUGCCUCAGUUUACUCUGUAGUUUACCAUUAGACUGUGAGCUCCUUGAGGGACUUUGUCGUAAUCACUGUUAAAUCCCAGUGCCUCACAUGCCUGGCCCUUAAGAAGUGCUCAAUAAAUGUCUGAACAAAUAAGUGAGUGGAGUGAGUGAAUUGUAAGAUCAGAAUAAUAAUAUUUGGUUUGUCUAUCAUACAAGAUUCCUGUAUCAUUUGAAUUCAGAUUGUAAACCUUGCUUUUAAAGAAAUAUUUGAAGCGACUUCAAAUUCAGACUGUGUUUAAAAAGAUUUAAAAUCGGAAUCCAAAAUCAAAGUAUUAAAAAAUAAUGCUGAGUGUUUAGGAUUCACAUACCUCUGAGCUCUGGUGGCUUUUGCCAGUCCUGUCCCUCUGCUGAGCACCAGCCCCUUCCUGCAGCAGUCCUGCCGGUGUGUUUCUGUGCACCUGGGGAUGAAGUGUGCUCCUCCCGCAGUGGUUAGCCUCGAUGCUUUUCCUCCCUCUGUUUUAUUAUUUGAAAUUAGCCAAAGAAAAGCUGCAGGGGGCACUGCUGAUCAUCACUGGACCGGUCAGUCGAACUGCUUGACAGAAUAGAGAAUACAGGAGGAAGAGCAAGCCUAGGGUAAAACUUAGGUUUGGGACAUGCUUGAUGACAGCAAGAGUUGGGCAGGUUGUUGUGUGUAUGUAGGUCAGGUGCUCAGUGGAAAAGUCUGAGCUGCAUAGUAGGUUAGGCAGAUGUCAGUUUAGAUGUGAUAGUUUAAACCACAAGAGUAGGAGAAGUCAUCUAAAGAGUACAGCAGGCCUAAGGGCAUCUAUAUUUAAGGAGAAAUACAGAAGAAGUCUCCUGAGAAGGAGUAAUGGGGUGGGUGGGGAGGGAGAAGGCAGUGUCCCAAAAACCAACAAAGGUUUUACCAGAGGUAAUACCAUCAUUUCUGAGCAGCAGUUCCUUAACGUGUGAAAUGUGACCAAAUGUUCUCCUUUACAAAUUGUUCUGAAGGUAAAAUGAGAUCAUGUAAACGAAAAUCCUUUGUAAAUUACAGAUGUGUGUUAUAAAUGAAGUAUCUCUCGAGUCACUCCA